UAAAUUCAUUUUAGUCCCCACAAAAAUAAAAUGCUUUCCCACAUUUCAGCUUCCUUCUGUCACACCUCUUCUUCCACCACCGCUUUCUUCCUCUCUUCCACCGCCAAAUUUCUCCGACCCACAUCCUCUCUUUACCCUAAAACCCAUUUUCAGUUCCCAAUUCAACAAAAAGGGCACCGUUUUGUGUUUUCUCAAGCCACGGCAGCUUCAAUGGAUUCUGCUGCCACCGUUGAUUCAGUUUCUGAUGAUUUAAAGAAACAAACCUUAGAAGGAACUGAAAAUGUUGAAAUUAAGCUUAAAUUGAAUCUUGAAGAGCUUAAUUGGGAUAACUCUUUUGUUCGUGAACUGCCUGGCGACCCCAGAAAUGAUAGUAUUCCAAGAGAGGUGUUGCAUGCUUGCUACACGAAAGUGUUACCUUCUGUACUGGUCAAGAACCCUCAGCUUGUAGCAUGGUCAGAAUCAGUGGCGGAGUUACUUGAAUUGAAUCCUAGAGAAUUUGAGAGGCCUGAUUUUCCCCUUAUAUUCUCGGGGGCAUCACCAUUGGUGGGAGCGAUACCUUAUGCCCAAAAUUAUGGAGGACAUCAGUUUGGCAUGUGGGCCGGGCAGUUAGGAGAUGGAAGGGCAAUAACUCUUGGAGAGAUUUUGAAUUCAAAGUCACAAAGGUGGGAGCUGCAGCUUAAGGGGGCUGGAAAGACCCCCUAUAGUCGUUUUGCUGAUGGUCUUGCAGUGCUUCGUAGUAGCAUCCGAGAAUUCCUUUGCAGUGAAGCAAUGCACGGUCUUGGAAUCCCAACAACACGAGCACUUUGUCUAGUGACGACAGGAAAAGAUGUCAUGAGGGAUAUGUUUUAUGAUGGAAAUCCCAAAGAUGAACCUGGAGCAAUUGUCUGCAGAGUUGCCCAAUCCUUUCUGCGUUUUGGCUCUUAUCAACUGCAUGCCUCUAGAGGAAAAAAGGAUUUUGAGAUUGUCCGUGCUUUGGCAGACUACGCCAUUAGAUAUCACUUCCCCCAUUUGGAGAAUAUGACUAGGAGUGAAAGCAUAUCACUCAACACGGGUGAUGAAGACAAUUCAGCUGUGGACAUAACUUCAAACAAGUAUGCAGCAUGGGCAGUGGAAGUUGCUGAGAGGACUGCGUCCAUGAUUGCCAGGUGGCAGGAUGUUGGUUUCACACAUGGAGUCAUGAACACUGAUAACAUGAGCGUGUUAGGACUCACUAUUGACUAUGGUCCCUUUGGUUUUUUAGACUCUUUUGAUCCCAGUUACACACCAAAUACCACUGAUCUUCCUGGCAGAAGAUAUUGUUUUGCAAAUCAGCCAGAUGUAGGUUUAUGGAAUAUUGCACAGUUUACCUCUGCUCUAUCUAUUGCGGAGUUGCUAAGUGAUAAGGAGGCAGAUUAUGCCAUGGAAAGAUAUGGUAACAAAUUCAUGGAUGAUUAUCAAGAUAUCAUGACCAGGAAACUUGGUCUGGCAAAGUACAAUAAAAAGUUGAUUGGUGAACUACUCAAGAAUAUGGCCUUAGAUAAAGUUGAUUACACUAAUUUCUUUCGCUCUCUAUCAAACAUCAAUGCUGAUCCUGCAAUUCCAGAGGACCAAUUAUUGAUUCCUCUUAAGGAUGUUCUCUUAGAUAUUGGUUUGGAACGCAAGGAAGCCUGGACAAGCUGGGUAAAGUCGUAUAUACAAGAGCUCUCUACAACUGGUGUAUCAGAUGAGGAGCGGAAAGUUUCAAUGAAUUCUGUAAAUCCAAAGUACAUCCUCAGAAACUAUCUAUGCCAGAAUGCCAUUGAUGCAGCAGAACAAGGCGAUUUUGAGGAGGUUCGGCAUUUAUUGAAGAUUAUGCAAUGCCCAUUUGAUGAACAACCUGGCAUGGAGAAAUACGCACACUUGCCUCCAGCUUGGGCUCAUCGUCCGGGUGUAUGCAUGCUUUCUUGUUCCUCAUAAGAUCUCGGGGUGUAUGCAUAUGCUUUCUUGUUCCUCAUAAGAUUUCCACUAUGUAAUACAAGAGUUUCACUUGUAUAUAUAACAGAAAUCAGUAUGUAUUGUAAGUGGCAGAGUGGCCUUCGAGCCACAAUAUAGGUAGAUUCAGCUUGGUUCGCUGAAAAAGAGAGAACUUCUGGCAGCAUUUUCACACAUUAUUGCAUUUGGAGAAGUAUUUUUUUUUUCCGCAGGUUCUCUGUAGUUUAUUUGUUGCUCAAGUCUUGAUGUAACAUUUGAUAAUUUCAAAUGCCUUAUUUUUUCGUAUGA